AUGUCAACGAAUUCUACAACGACAAUCAUUAAAUCGGAUGAAGGUGAUUCGUUAAAUAAUGGUCUUCUUUUUCGACCGGUAACUGAUCGAAAAUGUGAUUAUGUUUUACAUGAUCAUCAAACAAUGAAAAAAGAACCAUUCUUUUUAUCACCACCUAAAUUAUUGUCUAAUGGUGAUGAAUCUACAAUGAUGCAAACAUCGACACUUAUCAUUUCGACGCCACCACAAUAUCAUUAUUAUUUAUAUCCACCAAUUGAUAAUACACAUAUAUUAUCAUCAUCAUCUUCAUCAUCAUCAUCAUCAUCAAUAUCAUCGAAAAAAAAUUCAAAAUUAAUUUCAACAACAAAUCGUACAAUAUCAAAUGUUAGUAUCAAUAGUGUUAGUACAAGUUCAUCUUCAUCAUAUCGAUCAUAUGAAUCUCAAACACAUGAUAAUGAAUAUCCACAAUCAAGUCAUACGGCUCUUAAUGCUGAAGAUGAAACAGCAUCAAAUUCAACUUAUUCAAUGACAAAUCAUAAUAAUAAUAAUAAUAAUAAUAAUAAAACACGUCAAAAGAAAGUUAUUCAAUCAGCAUUAAUUGAUUGGAAAAUGAAAUCAUCAUCAUCAGAAAUAAAUAACGAUUCAACAACUACAACAAAACCUGUUAUUUUAUCUGAUUCUGUACAAGCUUUUUGGCCUCCACCACCUUCACCAUUGACAUUAGAUAAAGAUUCUGGAUUAAUAACAACGUCAUUAACAACUACUGAACAAACUAAACAAUCAGAAUCAAUACCCAUACCAAAUAAUAUUAUUAGUUCGAGUUCCCACAAUGAUUCAAUAAAUGUUAAUCAUAUUGAUAUAUUAUCAACGAAGGAGGAAAUUGGAUCUUAUUCUGAACAACAUACAUUUACUAAUGGUUGUCUAAGAAAUGCAAGUGAUACAUCUUUAGAAGAUACACAAGCAUCAUAUACAGAACGUUUACGUGAAAAAUCUCGUUCAAUACCAAUGAAUGCAAAUAAUGAUAUGUAUUCAUAUUUAACACGAUCAAUAUCAAAAGAUGCAUUAAAUGAUUAUAAUUUACGUCCAAAUACAAAUUUAAAUAUAACAGAAUUUUCUUUAGCAAACGAAAAUAUUUUAAAACCAAAAUCAGCUGGUCAACAAAUUCGUACAACACAUAUUAUAUCAAAACAACAAAGUGAAAAUUCUGAUAAUGAUUUUCGAUCAAAACGAGAAUUUUUUGAAAAUCGUACAUAUACAGAUAAUACAUCAAUAAAUUCUUCUUUAUCAUUGAUUCCAACAAAUAUAUUACCAACAAAACCCAAAAUAUAUACUUUAUCUCCAGCAAAUCCACAAAAUAAUAAUAAUAAUAAUAUUAAUAAUGUUUUACAACAAACAACAAUAAAUAAUAAUCCUCAACGUAAUGUAACAAGACGUUCAUGGAAUGAUUUAUCAUCCAGACAAUUGCCACCACCACCAUCUUCUCCUUCGUGCAAUCUAUAUUUUGAUUCUACAUCCAAUCAAACAUCAUUUCCUCCACCACCAACUAUUCGAAAACCAGUUCGAAUUGUUAAAGCAGUACAACGAUCUUCACCUCCAAUAAACGAAUCAAUGACAACAAAUCGUCCAUUAACAACAUCAAAAACAUAUUCACUUGCUAAACCCGGUCUCUUUUCAGCUUCACCAUUAAAUUCUUAUCAGAAAAUUCCUAAUAAAACUUCAAAUUCAAUUCGACGUUUUCAAUCACGUGAUGAAAAUGAUUUACAAUUCAAUUUAAAAGAAUUUGCUUUACGUUAUCCACAUAUUCAUUCAUUAAAUGAAUCUGAACGUUUAACAUUAUCAAAUGAACAUCGUCUGAGUACAGAUUAUACACGUGCAUUAUUUCCUAUACCUGAUCGUUUAAGACGUAUACGUUCAAGACAAAGUUCAGGUGGUGAUACAAGUUCAAUAACAAAUUCAAGUAAUUCAUCAUCAGAUUAUAUUCAUCGAACAGUAUCGAAUGAUAGUUGUAUUUUUGAUGAUGAUACUCUUCGACAAGCGGAAGAUUUAUUAAUAAAUUUAAAGAAACGUCAACAAAUUUUAAAAGAAAAUCAACGAACAAUUAACGAAGAGAUCGAAGAUAAUAAAAUUCUUGGUGCUAAGCUAUUAAAUAUAAUCGAAUCUAAUGCUGAAUCAAGUGAAAUUGAAAAAUUUAAAUUACAUAUCAAUGAAAUCGAUACAAUAACAUCAAUACUUCUUAAACUAAGUAGUCGAUUAGCUAAAGUUGAAAAUGAUUUAUUAACGGCUUCUAGUAGUAGUGAGCAUAUAAAGGCAAGUUUAAUUGAACGACGUGAAAAAGCUCAACAAAAACAUGAUGAAGCUAAAUCAUUAAAAGAUGGUAUUGAUCGUCGUAGUCGUUUAGUAACAAAUAUGCUUCGAAAGUAUUUUUCUAAUGAACAAUAUGAUGAUUAUGAACAUUUUAUACGAAUGAAAUCAACAUUAUUAAUGGAUGCAAAAGAUAUUGAAGAAAAUAUAUUAAUUAUUGAAAAACAAAUUGAAAUUUUAACUCAAAUAUCAAUAUCAGAUUGUCAAGAUUCACAAACAUUGAAUAAAACUGAAAGUUUACAAACGAAUUCUUUUAAAGCUAUAUCGAGCACGGCCUAG